AUGGAAGGAACAAUGGAUGUAUCAUUAAUAGAGCGAUUGUUCCACAAAAAGAAGUUUGAUUACCUUGAGAAGAGGGGUAUCAUACGCAAGGGCUCCUGUAAUUUAAAUAAAUCUAACAACGAAUCAUCUAUAAAGUCGAACAUAUCUGACUUCGUUCCUCCUGAAACGCCUCCCACUUUUUUCGCAAUUGACAUUGACGAUACGUUUUACCACCCCGAUGAAAAAAUUUUUAGCAAGAAUGUUGAGGCUUUCAAAAAGGUCAAAAGUUUAGGGUUCUCUCCAUUUUUCUGUACAGGGAGACCUUUAUUUACUUUGAAAUAUUCAUUUGGAGAAAAGUUUUUUGAGGAUACAGGAUACUCAGGGUUUCCUGGAAUAUAUCUAAACGGAGCGGUGGUUUAUGACAGUGAAGGGAAGUUAAUAAGUUUGAAGCACUUCCCGGAAUUCUUUCUUGAUGAAAUUCUUGAUUUCAUAGUCCACUCAGGACUAGAGAAGGACUUUUUGUUUUAUGACCCUGAGGGCCAUUACUGCCUCAAGGAAGUUAAUGAUCAAAUAGUCCAUAUGCUCAGAACAAUUCGCCUCCCAGACCCAACCAUUACAACCGUGGAAGAGCUGUCGAAGAAGAAAAUCGUUUCAAUAGUGUCAACAUCAAGGACGAUUAUACCUGACAAUGCACGAUUAGGUGUGCACUUCUGGUUGAGGAAUAUGAGCUUCCCAGAUCUGAUCGAGUUGUGUCCGCUGGGAAUCACAAAGGCCGACGCAAUUGUGAAGCUCAUGGAACAUGAGAACGCAAGGCCAGAGUCGUGCGCAUUCAUAGGCGACGGAGAAAACGAUGUGGAAAUUAUGCAGCUCGUCGAUAUGUCAUUUGCAGUGGCAAACUCGUCAAACUUUGUGAAAAAACACGCAAAGUGGAUUCUACACCUCAAUUACUACGAAGCAGCUUUUUCCUACGUUAUGAACCUUGUAUAUAAUAUUAAUUUAAUUUAA